UGAUGACAGGACACAAGGACUGACCCAACAUCAGCAGUCAGAACCCGACACACAAGGCACACAAAGGCCCAGUAAACAGAAAGGAAGACCUCCCUCUAAUCUGCAAAAGGAGCAUCAGCUGGAUCCACAGACUCAGACUGAAUAAUAUCCGCUAUCGCCUGUAAAGAUGCUGCUCCUGCUGUUGGGAAUCAUCCUCCUGCACAUUGCUGCUCUGGUUCUCCUGUUUGUGUCUACAAUUGUCAGCGUAUGGGCAACAGGUCAAACUAGCUCCACAGACCUGUGGCAAAACUGCUCUACUACCAAUGGAGGAUACCACUGUGACCCAGCAACAACUGGAGAGUGGAUUCAGUCGGUCCAGGCUCUCAUGAUCCUAUCCAUCAUCUUCAGCGUCCUGUCUCUCUUCCUCUUCUUCUGCCAGCUCUUCACUUUGCAGAAGGGCGGACGCUUCUUCCUCACUGGAACCUUCCAGAUCAUUGGCAGUUUGUUCGUGAUGAGCGGCGCCAUCAUCUACACGGUGAUGAGUCCGGGGUGGCUGGAGGACACGGCUACCUUCGGUUACUCCUACAUCCUGGCGUGGGUGGCCUUCCCUUUGGUGCUGAUCAGCGGACUCAUCUAUGUCAUCUUGAGGAAGCGAGAAUGAGCCAUCACUCCAUCCCAGUGUUCCCAGUAACCCCCUGCCCAAGUGUCAUCAACCCCCCUCUGAAGUUUAAGUUUUGAUGCCUGAGUACCAAUGGCCCCUGGAGCCACCAGGCCAAUACACCCAGAUCACAGCGAGGGGGGGUAAUACCAAAAAUCAACAAGCAAACCAACACAAAACAACCAAUACUGUCUCAGUUAAAAGAUGUAUAUAGUAUCUAUGGUUUAAAACCUAUUUAUAACACUUUUUACAUAUAUGUACAUAGUUGUUGUGUUGCUUUGUCAAUGGAUACGUGUAUGAGCUUUGUUUUAGCUGAUUAAGUGCCUUCGUGUUUGUUUGUAAUGAUGAAAUAAUUAGAUGCUAUUUUGUUGUGUUUUCUCCUCUUUUUUUGCCUUUUUUUGUUUUGGUAAUUGCCAAAGAAAUAGUAAAAAAGUUUCUUCAAGUAUAUUAACCAAAGUGCAUGUAUAGAAAUAGAAGGGUUAGGAGAGGUUUUUGACAGGCUUGCUUUACAAAAAGAGUGGUAACAUCCGUGGAUGUAGCAUAGCCAUGAAAAUAUAGAUUUGGUCCUUUUUUAUUUUGUGAAUUUUCAGUGUUUUUAUUUUCAGUAUUUUUCUAUUUCUUAUUUUCAACAAAAGAUGGUGCUAUGUAUUUAUCAUUCCUAUUACUGAUAGCAAUCAUUUACAACCGAGUUACUUUGUUAUUGUUUAGAGUCAAACAGCCAUUAAUUGAUUACAGUGAGAAUCAGACAGAGGUACACCUGUACAUACAGAGCCUGACUGCUUCUGUAGGGAACACAGUCGAUUUCACAUUGCAGUGUCUGAUUUUGUUUAUUUUCUUCAUCAGCUACUGUAAAAAAAAUAUGAAUAACUGAGUUUGAGGUGGUGCACUGAUUAAAUCAAAAGUGGAAUGUCAGUAUUAUUCUGCAAGUUUGUAAAGAGUUGGAUUACAGUGACAAAUACGUUAUAUAAGCUUUAUUUUAGCUCCAUUUGCCUUAAUUGUGCCUCAUUCUGAUGUCCGUGUUCAUCUGGCUGUUAAAAUCUCAAAAAGCCAAAUUGCCUAUUUAGUAGAAAACCAUAAAGAAUAACACUGUGGGGCAUUAUAGCCUAAGAAAAGAAGUAUACAUUUAACAUUACUAGAAAGAAAUGCCACUGAGUUGAAGCCAUAUAAAGAAAUACCAGAUGAUAGGAAAAACAUAUUUAGUAUUAACUGUAUAUGUGAGGAAAAGGACAGAGAGGUUUGCAGUGAUGAUACAAAUGUCUGUUUCACAUACUUGAAGUUUGACACGCUGCAGUUUCUGCCCACUGACGUCUACAAGUUUUCUUCUUCUACUGUAUAAAACGCUGUUUGUGUUGCGCAUAACAGAUGGUGAUGACAAUCUAGCCUAAAACACUCACUUACUCAAUAAAAACUACUAUCUAAUACUGUGUAUUCCACUGUUACAAGGGACUGGAUUCUAACACUUGAUGCAUGCAGAGAAGUCAUUUUCUAGCUGCCUGUACUCUGAACUCUGAGACACACAUCUCUUGGCUACAAAAGCAUCAAAACUGCCAGUAAAUGGGAAUAAAAAAGCAAUUUAUGAAACAUCUGUGGUGACGAAUCUGCAUGUUCAUGUGCUACGAGAUGGAUCAGAGAUGUCAGAAAGUGAAAUGCAGCGUGCAGCAUGUAAAUUCCUGUGUACAGUCUAGCCGAGCAGGUCUACCUUACAGUAUGCCAUCAUACUCCGGGAGAUCAAAUACGCUGCCUUGUGCAUGUGGUUGCAAAUGCUGUAUGUGACUUGUGUUACACACACCAAGGCGAAGGCACACGGCGGUUGGCACCAGAUGCCAGCGAUUCAAAACACGCAGCUUGUGUUUCAGUGUCAACAUAGCAUCAGAAAUAUGAGGACUUGGACGUGUUUUGAACACUGUAAGCAAAGGUCUGUCCUCCACUUGACAUCUCCUGUAGCUUCUCCAAAACAGAGCUAUGUUGUGUUGGAUUAAAGUAUUUAAUUCAGAGCUUACACUAGCUAGUCUGCUGUGGGUUUUUUUUUUUUAGCAUGAUGAAUUUAAUGGGUACAGUUAGAAGAGAUUGCCUCUAAUGACAACUGCCCGACUACUUUUGUGUAAAGCGACGAUUGUCUAUGCCAUGUUUACACCUAAACUUCCAAAUGCUCUUGAUAUUACCAAAGCUACUUUGAGUUUAAUCAUUAAAGGAUGUUUCUUACCACCACGACGGAG